AUGAGCGUCCGUAUCCACCUAGAGUUCGUCGUCAGGGUCGACGCCGCCGUGUCUCGGCAGACGAAAGAGACAACCUACAAGCCCGAAGACCCCGGGGCGAAGAUCUCGGCCCGCCUCCGCAAGAUGGGAGUCCCUGCUUCGAACACCCUGGGUGACGUUGACUGGUUCGUCCAUGUCGACCAGGGGAUCAUCCACCUCGGCAAGACGACCUGGCGCCUCGCCCACGUCAGCUCGCCCUUCAUCCCGCUCGACUCUCGUCUGACCUUCACCGUUGCUUCCGUCUGCUCGGCCCUCCAAACCGACAACGAUCUGAAGAUCGGGCUCAACCACCUCCCCCGUCUCGGCGUUGAGAUUAAACCAGAUAACAGCGUCUUCACAGUCAUCGAGGCCCAGCGAACUCUCGCCCUCCUCUGGUCCGCGGGUCCGCGCCUCAGCACCCUUCACGCCGAGUACUGCGGGGUUGGCUCGGCCGUGGCCCCUGGCCUCGAGUUCUCCCGUCUCGCCAACACCAGCAAACGCUUCUUCUUGCCGCCGAUUGACUUGCCCCACGAAAUCAGCCUGAAGAGGGAAUCGAAGGAGACCAUGUCCAACCACGGAUUCUCCGGCAAGGUUCAAGUAUGGGUGCCCACCCAGACCCGCGGCACUUCGCUCGAAAACCACGCCAUCCGGUCAAUCAAGGGAGGCCUGUCUACCAUGGAGGAUCUGGUCGAGGGGACGAGGGUCUACGUGAAGAAGAGCAAGGAUGACGAGGCCCGCGUUACUCGCGGCGCCUACGACUUCACCAGCCUCCUUCAGCCCGACAACCAUUCCAUCCGAUUUAACCAGCACGGCGGGACGAUGAACGCGAGGGCGAUUGUCGCUUGGGCGGAGGUAUGUCAUACCAUCGUCGACUUCUGCAAGAACGCGCCUCAAAGUCUGCUGCAAUCUCUGUUGGAACGGCUGAGCCGUCCGUCCGUUGCGAGCUCUGAAACUGCUGAAUCUGCUUCCUCUAGACCGUAUACCGUCUUCGACCUCCUCGUCGACCUCCGGCUUCCGUCUCAGGCGGCCUACUACAAAUCGCUCGGCCCGAACCCCUUCGUCCCCGAGCUGACCAAGCGCAUGUCCGUUGAUAUCUUGGAGAGGGAAGGCGUCCAGCACCAGACCUUCGGCGUCGAGAUUGAAUACCUCGUCCCGUACAACAGGGUCGAGCAUCCGGAUGCUCGUCCGGACGACCGUCGAUGGGUCUACACCCACCCGGCGGCCCGAGUGUCCCCGUUCAACUCGGCCUACUCCGCCUUGGGAAACCGCCUCGCGAGGCUCCUCACGGGCGCCGGCCACCUCGGCGUCACCUUCGACAGCCAGUUCAGAAGCUGGGGACCUACCAUCCCGAUGGGGAGCAAAGCCAACAUCGCCAAUAUCGCUCAGAAGAUGGGCUACCCCUUGAUCCGCUUCGUCGACGACGUCGAUUCCAUCCACCAGAUCUGGCACAUCCACAGCGACCCCUCCCUCUCCAACUUCCAGAACGGCGAGUUCGGCUACGGGGGCCACGUCGGCGUCGAGCUCUCGAGCCCCAUUCUCCGCCCUACCCCCGGCGACUUUGGCAAGGUCAUUGACGUCUUGCAGUUGAUCCGGGCCAGCACGCGGUCGAUGACGGACCCCACCUGCGGGUUCCACGUCCACGUCGGCGACGUCCGCGGCUUCUCCCUCCGCUCGAUGAAGAAGAUCGCCACGCUCGUUUGGGCGGCCGAGCCCGUCUUGUACAGUCUCGUCCACCCCUCGCGCUCCGACUUCGAGACGGCGGCGCCCAUGAGCACGCAAUCGGCCCUGGCCGAGGAGGAUGUGCUGGACAAGUACGACUCCGACGUGAGCACCGCGGCGUCGACCGACAUGGAGGCCCACUUGCCCAUGGAAGUGAUGCCGCAACGUCUUCAAGACAUGAUGCUGGCCCUCUGGUCCGCCAAGAACAUUCCCGACAUCCUCGGCCUCCUCCAGCCCGGCGACGACGGCCACAAGGGCGGGCUGUCCUUCGCCAGCAUGACGAGAACCUACUUUGGGGACUCGACUGAGAUAACUUCCAUCUACCAGGGCACAGUGGAGUUCAGGCAGCUCGAAGGCACGCUGGAUCCGGAGCUGAUCAUGUACUGGACGAAGCUGGUGCUGCGAAUCGCUGAGGUGGGGAGGGACAUGCCGGCGGCUAGGUUUUCUGCGGCGCUGAGCAAGAUCGUCAAGAAAUACCCCACCGAAAGGGAGAGGCUUUCGGCCUUGUUGGAGGUGCUCGGGCUGGAGGAGCAUCUCACGUACUGGGGCAGGGCCGUGGCAAAGAACAAGGCUCAGGCUCUGGCAACAGCACCUGCAAAGGGGUCGGAGAGGAAGAGGUAUCAGCUCCCUGACGAAGUGUCACAGUACGGGUACGAUGAGAGGAACGCAUUCCUACGCGCCUUUUUUGAGGACAACAUGGUUUUUGUCCCGGAGACGGACGAAACUGCCUUCAAGAAUGCCAAGAACCUCAGCUUGUAA